AUGAAACAAUUAACAUCACUUAAUAUUGGUUACAAUGAAAUUGGUGUAGAAGGAUCCAAAUUCAUAAGUGAAAUGAAACAAUUAACAUCACUCGAUAUAUAUUCCAAUGAAAUUGGUGUAGAAGGAGCCAAAUACAUAAGUGAAAUGAAACAAUUAACAUCACUUGAUAUACAUUACAAUGAAAUUGGUGUAGAAGGAUCCAAAUACAUAAGUGAAAUGAAUCAAUUAACAUCACUUGAUAUACAUUCCAAUCAAAUUGGUGUAGAAGGAGCCAAAUACAUAAGUGAAAUGAAACAAUUAACAUCACUUGAUAUACAUUACAAUGAAAUUGGUGUAGAAGGAUCCAAAUACAUAAGUGAAAUGAAUCAAUUAACAUCACUUGAUAUACAUUCCAAUCAAAUUGGUGUAGAAGGAGCCAAAUUCAUAAGUGAAAUGAAAUCAUUAACAUCACUUGAUAUACAUUACAAUGAAAUUGGUGUAGAAGGAUCCAAAUACAUAAGUGAAAUGAAAUCAUUAACAUCACUUGAUAUAUAUUCCAAUGAAAUUGGUGUAGAAGGAGCCAAAUACAUAAGUGAAAUGAAUCAAUUAACAUCACUUGAUAUGCUUCCAAUUAAAUUGGUGCAGAAGGAACCAAAUUCAUAA